GAUCCCCAACCAUCUACAUUGUCAUGGCUCAAUGAUCCAGGAUUACCUGAAGCAGAUGAUUCUCCUUCUGACAUAAUGUCAGAAGGUCAGUAGUAGCCUAACGCUACAUCACAAUGCCUAUGUCAUUCACCUUCAUCUCAUCACGUAGGCGUUGUAUCAUCUCACGUCACAAGAAGAAGGACCUUGAUUUCACAAAUGAGACCAACAACUUAUCUUCAGAAAAAAGCAGUUAUGAAGUAAUUUCAUACCAUCAGGAGACAUUGAAAAGAAGUAAAACCUUCAACUUUACAGGUUUUUUUUCCAGAAAUAAACCACAGUGCAGAAUUAAAUUUGGGAGACAACAGAGAACUAAAGUGGGGUAUUUUAGUCAAAUGACAUUCAGAAAACAUAUAUCUCUUUCUCUACAACAGAGAAUUCACACUAAAGAGAAAUCAUAUGAAUGUAAGGAAUGUAGGAAAGCCUUUAGAAAACAUUCACAUCUUACUAAACAUCUGAGAGACCAUUCUGGCGUGACACCCUAUGAAUGUAAGGAAUGUGGAAAGGCCUUUAGAGUUCUCCAGCAUCUUAUUAGACAUCAGAAAAUUCAUACUGAUUUGAAACCCUAUGAAUGUAAUGGAUGUGAGAAGGCCUUUAGAUUUUAUUCACAGCUUAUUCAACAUCAGACAAUUCAUACCAGUGUGAAACCCUAUGAAUGUAAGCAAUGUGGGAAGACCUUUAGACGUCAUUCUCACCUAACUGAACAUCAGAAAAUUCAUACUGGUUUGAAACCCUAUGAAUGCAAGGAAUGUGGAGAAACUUUCAGACUGUACCGACAUAUGUGUCUACAUGAGAAAAUUUAUCAUGGUGUGAAACCCUAUAUAUGUAAGGAAUGUGGGAAGGCCUUUGGUCAUCACUCAAGUCCUUUUCAACAUAAGAAAAUUCACACUGGUGAGAAACCAUGUAAGUGCAAACAAUGUGGUGUUCGUAGCUAUUUACUUAUUGAACAUCAGAGAAGUCAUACUGGUGAGAAACCUCAUGAGUGUAAGGAAUGUGGGAAAGCCUUUAGUAGGGGCUCAAGCCUUCUUAAGCAUAAGAGAAUUCACAGUAGUGAGAAACUCUAUGAUUGUAAGGAAUGUGGGAAGGCCUUCUGCAGAGGCUCUCAAGUUACACAACAUCAGAGAAUUCAUACUGGUGAGACACCUCAUGAAUGUAAAGAAUGUGGAAAGACUUUUAAACUUUAUUCAUACCUUAUUCAACAUCAGAUAAUUCAUACUGAUGCUAAACCAUAUGAAUGUAAGCAAUGUGGGAAGGCCUUCAGUCGUGUUGGAGACCUUAAAACACAUCAGUUGAUUCAUGCUGGGGAGAAACCGUAUGAAUGUAAGGAAUGUGGGAAAACCUUUAGACUUAAUUCUCAACUCACUUAUCAUCAGACAAUUCAUACUGGUUUGAAACCCUAUAUAUGUAAAGAAUGUAAAAAGGCCUUUAGUUCUAUGUCAGGUCUUUCUUAACAUAAGAGAAUUCAUACUGGUGAAAAACCCUAUGAAUGUAAAGAAUGUGGUAAGGCGUUUAUUCGUAGUACUCGACUUACUCAACAUCAGAGAACUCACACUGGUCUGAAACCAUACAGAUGUAAGGAAUGUGGGAAGGCCUUUAGUCAUUGCUGUCAACUUACUCAACAUCAGAGAUUUCAUAGUGGUGAGAAACUCUUAAUGUAAUUAGAGUGGGAAAGCAUUUAGCCAUGGUACAGCCCCUACCUUUCAUUAUCACUAUUCCAACAAUUGAUGUCAUGGUAAAGAUUAAAUUAGUUAACAUACAAUAAAGCUUGGAAGGGAAUCUGCUGCAUAGUAUUUGCUUACUAAAUAUUGCUGUUGUUAUUAUUGUUCUGUACCAUUGAUUCAGUUCUGACUCAUAGUGACCCUAUAUGACAGAGUAGAACUGCUCCAUAGGGUUUCCUAGGCAGUAAUCUUUAUGGAAACAGAUUACCAGGUCUCUUCUCCUGUGGAGCUGCUGUUGGGUUUGAACCGCCAAGCUUUUGGUUGGCAGCUGAGUGCUUAACCAGGGCUCCUUUACUAAAUACUGUACUACUGUAAUUUUUUGUGAUAAUCAUUACUAUUACUGUGAAUUUAUGUGGAAGGAAGAAUGUAUGAAUAUGAUAUAUAUAUUUUUAAUUUUGCACCAUCACUUAUCCCUUAUUUAAUUUCAGAUAACUCAUUCUGGACAAAAUCCAGUAGAAUAUAUUAAAAAGAGAAAUUUUUUUAUUCAGAACUCUUCCAGCUGAAGAUUAGUGCUGAAAAGAAAGCUUAUGCCUUUGUUGAAUGUAAAGAUGUUGAGAGCAUAUCUGUUGAAAAAUUAGUGAUUUGAAGAAAUUUUCUUGUAAUAAAUUCCAUAACACAGAUAACAUACCAUCCAUAUUCCCUACUAUUCAAGAAAAAAUACAAAUUAACAAUUGGAUAGCUCAGAGAUAAUUGUUGACUUGGAAAAGUUUUCCCCAAGUUUUUGAAAGUUUUAAAUUUACAUAGUUACUGAAAAGGUAACACAAUGGUACAGUGAAUGCUUGCUUGCCCUCCAUCUAGAUUCAAGACAUUUAUUAACAUUUUGUCAUAUUUAAUAUUUUUCUCUGUAUAUAUAAACACACACAGACAUACAUAUUACAUAUUUCACAUGUAUAUAUACCCACACGUAUGUUUAUGUUACAUAUAUUUUUGCUGUGCUUUUUGAGUGAAUGGUUUAGGUAUCAUGAUGCUUCAUCUCUAAAAAAUCAACAUACAACUCCUAGGAUUAAAGAUAAUCUAUGUAACUACUAAACCAUUGUCAUCUAAAAAAAAUUAACAGUAACCCCAGAAUAUCCUAUAAUAUGCACUCCAUUUGUAAAUUUCUUCAGUUAUUUAAAGAAUGUCUUUUAAAGCUGACUUUUUUUUAGAGCCAAGAAACAAACUAAACUAACAUAUUUUAUAUGAUUAUGGCUUAUUAAGUGUCUUGGUGAACAACCUACCUUUGAUCUUUUUUGUGACACAGACUUUUUUGAAGACUCAGGAGAGUAGACCUGUAUGAUGUUACACAUUCUGUGUUUAUGCUAUUGUUUCUCAAGUUGUGCUUAACUUGUUUUUCUGUCCUCUGUAUUUCCUGUGGACUGGAGGUUAUAUCUAGAGGCUUGACUGGGUUUCAGAUUAAACAUUUUUGACAAGACUAUACGUAAUAUUAUGAACUUAAUAUUGUAAAAUAUCAAACAGCAUACAAGGGAAAUUUUGUUUGAUCUCUGGAUUUAUGUAUGGACCACCAGCCUUCUCCAUUGUAUUGAUUAACUUUUUCCUUUCCAAAUUAUAAGUAAUCCUCUACUUUGUAAUUUAAAGUCUUAUAUAUUUUAAGGAGUUUCUGGAUGGUGCAAAUGGUUAAGCGCUUGACUACUAGUCAAAAGAUUGGCGGUUCAAAU